GAUAAUUUUUGAUAACGCCGGAGAAAUACGUUCCCAUAAAUGUGAUUUUAAUUUUCAACCUAAACGUUAAUUAAUUAUUUAAAAUGGAGCAAAAAUUGAUACGUUGAAUGGAAAGCAAAGUACGCUCCAUCGACCAACUUUCUUCGUUCUCCUACUCAAUAAUUUAUUCAAUUUUAAAGUUGUAGCAAAAUGUAUUAUUCUCAUUCUUCCAGACUUCGGUGUUCAUUUGUACUUCAAAUUCCCAGGAUCAGUCGAUUAUGUACAAACGUAGAAAAUAAGCUGAAAAACACACCAACGCCGAGACCUGUCAAAUCUCGUAAAAUCCCAAUUUUCCCUCCUUCGUUUGGACAACCUACUUCACACACUCAUCCACAUCUCCUCAAAAAUAGAGAACUUUUACCAGGAAUGGAACCCGAAGAAUUUGCUGAUCGACGUAGAAACCUGAUGCAAAUACUGUGCGCUGAAGCUUUAUCCAUUUAUGAGCAAAAUAAACACCACAUAAUCAUUAUUCCUUCUGCUACAAAAACCUAUAUGACUGAGAAAAUACCUUAUUUCUUUCGACAAAACACAGAUUUCUUGUACUUGACUGGAUGUUUAGAGCCAGAUACCGCUUUGAUACUGACAGGCAGUUGCGAAGAUGAUCUCACUUCGACUUUAUUUGUUCGCAAGCAAGAUGCUCAUUCUGCUUUAUGGGACGGACCCAGAACAGGGAUUGACGUCGCUCCGAAAAUGUUCGCUGUUGAUCAAGCUCUUCACGUGGAUAAUAUUCAGGAUUUCUUGAAAAGAAAUUUGCAAGAAAAUCCGGAUAGCUUGGUAUACUACGAUUCCAACAGUUCGCCUUCGAGUCCUCUGCACCAGACUUUGAGCAAUUUAUUAAAAGUGGAAAAUUUCAAAAUUUAUCAAACGGUGACAUUCUAUUUACAUUCACUGCGCGCUAUUAAAUCUCCUGCCGAGCAAAACUUGAUGAGAAAAGCCGGUGAAAUUUCAGCCGAAGCUAUCAAGGAAACCAUCAGGAUUACCAAACCGGGUAUGACCGAGCACCAGCUAUUCUCCACCGUUGAUCACGAAUGUCGUAUGCUCGGAGCUGAAUUUUUAGCUUACCCUCCGGUCGUUGCUGCUGGAGAUAAGGCGACGAUAAUCCAUUAUAUCGAUAAUAAUCAAAUGUUAAAAGAUGGCGAUUUGAUACUUAUGGACGCUGGCUGUGAAUAUCGUGGAUACUGCGGCGAUAUUACAAGAACGUGGCCUGCUAAUGGAAAAUUCACUAAUUAUCAGAGGAUUUUAUACGAAAUAGUUUUGGAAGUACAAAAGAAAAUUUUAUCGUUGUGCGAUGAUAGAGCAUCUUUGGAUGUUAUGUACAUUAAAAUGGUCCGUUUAUUGGGCGAACAUUUAUCUAAAGAAAAAAUUAUUAAAAAAGAUGUUGCGAGUCCUUCCGAAAUAAACAAAAUAGCUAGCGAUUUAUGUCCCCAUCGAGUGAGUCAUUACCUCGGAAUGGAUGUUCAUGAUGUGGCCAGUUACCCGAAAAAUCUCCCCCUUCAACCUGGCAUGAUUGUUACGGUAGAACCAGGUCUCUAUGUGAGAGAACACGAUGAAAAUGUACCACCUGAAUUUUGGAGAACAGGGAUUCGAAUAGAAGACGAUGUAUUGAUAACGGAAACCGGUUACGAAGUAUUAUCAGCAAAAUGUCCGAAGGAAGUAGACGAUAUAGAAAAUUUGAUGAAAACGUCGUCGUGAUUGAUGGUGUUUGUUUUAGUAAACUUUGUGAUUUUUGUGCAUUUUUUAAAAUAAUAAAAUCAGUGUUGUUUGGUGUUUUA